UGGCACAGAUGGCGUUUUCUCUUCACGUGUUGGUUCUCCUUUGUGGGCUCAGUGGACUGUUGACUGGAGCAUGGGCUUGGCCAAGCAGGAACCGAGCUCUUUGCUGUCCUAAGGGCUGGGAUCAGUUUAAUGAUCGCUGCUACAUCUACCAAGGUGAACCCAGGACUUUUGCAGACGCAGAGCGUAUCUGCAACCUUCUGGGUGGGAAUCUGGCUUCAAUCAGCGACGAGCUGGAAAAUGCAGUCGUUUAUCACCUGGUUGAGGAGGCGGGUGCGAAUCAAGCCUGGAUUGGACUCAGUGAUGCCAUUGAGGAUGAAGUAUAUUUUUGGAUUGAUGGCACAGACUUUGAGUUUGAGAACUUUGGCACAGGAGAGCCUGGUGACGAUCAAUGUGUGGCGAUUGAAGCCGAUGGAGGUGAAUGGGUUGGUGAGUCUUGCGACAGCGAAGAGCCGUACGUUUGCGUCGCAGCCGCCAACUGUUAUAAACACUGAUCAUCCCUCUUACCACCGUACCCUCCCUCAGCAAUCACAUGACUCGACUGAGACAGUACCUAACUUUAGUGGUGGUUUUGUUUACUCUGUUCUUCUAAAUCAUCUCUCUACCCAAUAAAGGACCA